AUAUGUAUCUACAUGGGUCUCAAUACUACAGACAUGUCUCUUAAAACAGCAGAAUUGAAUAAAAUAUUAUGGCCCUACGAUGAGCUCGGUCCAGAGGUGUUAGAGCAAAUUAAAAAGAAGAAUAAGCUACUCCAAACUACCAGAGUAAUAAUAACGGUUAAAAUUCUGUUAAUAGGCGUUAUUUGUGUACCGUUGAGUGGGGAUAAUGGAGAAUUAACCGUUUUUUCCACCAUCAAGGGAGAUAUGGACAUGCCAAUAAUAACUUAUCUUGCCCUUUCAAUUAUGACAGCACUUGUUAAACUCUAUUUGUCGUAUGCAAUAGUCUGUGUGAAUUACCUAAUGUUAUUUGUAAUAAACGAUGUUACAUCCCAUAUCUUACUCGUGAGGAAAAAGCUGGAGUUAAUAAAUGAAUUGUAUGGUGUGGAGGAUGAAAAUUAUUACGAUGAAUCAUAUCAGAAAUAUGUCAACGAAACAUUGAGGAACUGUAUUGAUCAGCAUAACAUUAUUCUCGAGUAUACUAAGAUGCUGAAGGUAUCAACAGACGAUGAACUACCUUUUGUCACUCUUUUUGGUAUACUCUGCUUAGCCUCUUUGUACAUCAAAGCGAAAAUGAAUCAGUUCAGCGUUGGGCCACCCGAAUACCAUAACGCUUUGUGCGUCCAGUUUAUGACAGUAGAUUUGGCUCUCAUGGAUAUCACCAGGUUCUUGUUGAGGAGCGAUCUCAUAACAACCUAUAGAUCGCUACAUUUUCACUUCGGUUUUGACCUCAUUCAUCUUUUUAUGCUCAACUCGAAUAAUCUGAGAGGACAUACGUUCAAACUCCCACGUGAGAGAUUCUUUACUACCACUAGGCAGUACUUCAUUUCCAACAGAGUAUUCGAGGUUUGGAAUAGAUUGCCGACUGAGAUAGUUUGUGCGCUUAGUGUGAACAUUCUCAAGUACAAAUCUGACUUCUUGGCCUCACAAAACGCUUUGGUAUUGUGA